AUGACAAAUCAUAGUCCAAUCACCAUUACCACUGUUUUUUUUUAUAGCUUUAAUAGUGAGGAUGAAUCAUUUACUGAAAAAAGAAAAAGAUUGUUAUCUUCAUUGUCAUUGUCACCAUCAUCAUCACAAUCUUUUGGUUUAGAUCUUUUUAAAGAAGCUGAAGGCAAUGAAAAUAACAAUGAUAGGGAAAGACGAUCUGUUGAAGGUCUAAACGAGUGGAAGUCAAAAUUUUUAAAUAUAGAAAAUGAAGAUGCAAAGCUUGCAAUUAAAUUAAUUUCAUUUUAUCAAAAGGCACUUAAUAAAUUAGUCAAUCUUUUUCAAACGUCAACAAGGGAAAGAGAUAUUUUAAUUAACAUUGUUGCACCAUUGCUGAACUAUACAAACUUAACAAACGAUUAUCAAAAAUUUGAUUGUAUUGCUGAAAUAAGGAAUUUUGGGCUCGAACUACUGUUGCUUGAGGCUGGUGAUGACAAGACUGACAUUUAUGGUAGAAAAUAUCACAAUGACCACUCACAAUUAAAAAUAGCAUUAAAGGAUUGCUUAGAUAUGUUUAUGGAAUGGUUACAUCUGUCUACAGCAGAAAUAUCUGAAAUUUGCACACUUGGAUUGCAAAUUAUUGAUACAAAAUGGAUCAUCUAUUCAAUGACCUAUGAUCCUUUAUCCAAAUACUAUUUUUUUCACCAACUAUGUUCUUUUCACUUUCCGACAUCAUUCUCUGAUUUGGAAUUUUUUCUGCCAUAUCUUAUAGAAAAUUUAUUGUCACUUCGGCACACUAUGUUAAAUAUGGUGAACAAAACCAAAGAAGUUACGAUUGCUGCAAGAACAACUACGCCAUCACCUCAAUCAUCACCGUUACAUGAGACACCUGAAACUCCUCCACAAAUAAAAUGA